AUGCACCUGCAGCAAGGUUCCCUUCUGAACAUGACCGACGGCGGCUUCUCCCUGACUGGGCACUUGGUGAGGAGCCCCAGCGGAGGAGGGAACCCGUCGAGGCUCCACAGCAUCGAAGCGAUCCUGGGAUUUACCAAAGAGGACCCCCUUUUGGGCGCCUUCCAAGCCCACGAUGCCAGUGGCGGAGGCAGGCCCAUGAAGGAGGCAGAGAAGCGCAGCCCCAGGGAUUGCUUCUCCAAAAUGCCAGCUGAGCAGCCUGGCCAGGGCCAGGAAGGGCCCGCGGAAGAACACUUUGGAGGUAAGGCGAGGGGUUUUGGGGGGGGGUGUCAGGUCAUAGUCUCCCACUUACUGGAGGAACCCAGUCCUCCUGUAGCUUCUGGGACCAGUGAAAGUGUGUGGUUCCUUUGCUUCAAUUUGAAGGAGACCCCCAUUAACCCCCUUUAGAAGCAAGUUCGAAUAACUUCAUCAUUAUUAUUAUUUUGGGAAGUAUUUAAUGACUGAUGUCUUAUUAUGUUUGAUGUAUUAUGUGCUGGAAGCCACCCAGAGUGGCUGGGGAAACCCAGCCAGAUGGGUGGGGUAUAAAUAAUAAAAUUAUUAUUAAGAGAGGGGCGCAUUUUUAAAAUGGGCGCCUUUAAAAUCAGUUAAGUGUUGGAGGGGAUAACUGAGGAAGAAGAGGAGGAAAGCGUUUUAAAGAUCAGGCAUCUUUGUGAGACGCCUCAGACACAAUAAUAAAAACCCCUACUCUUUAAAAAUCCCAGACACAGGGAGCUGCCUUACACAGAGUCAGACUAUGGGUCCCAUCUAGCUCAGUCUGUCUACACUGACUGGCAGCCACUCUCCAGGGCUUCCGAGAGGCGUUUCUUCCAGAUCUCCCAGCUCUGCCUGCAGAUGCCAGGUGAUGGUGAUGCUUUUCAAAGGAGCAACCUACUGAGUGUGUCUUUGGCUGCUUGAGCAAACAGUGCCCCGGGUGUUCUGUAAAUUGUACAACUUUAGAAAAGGCACUCUGGCAUGCAAGGAAGGAAAGAGAACAUUUCCCAGAGCACAGCAUGGCAAAUUAAGGCAAGCGCACUGACACUGGACACAUUCGCAUGUCCCACUGAACUUAGUGAGGCUUCCUGCAUGGGCUGUUAAUGCGGCUGAGGCGCCAUCCAUUACAAUGACAUUUUAUACUGAAGUACGUAUGUUGCUACGAACAUGAUUUUGGCCAAGUUGCGGGAGGCAGUGGAAGACAGGAGUGCCUGGCAUGUUCUGGUCCAUGGGGUCACGAAGAGUCGGAAACGACUAAACAACAACGUAUCUUGGGGACCAGAUUUCCCAGGGAGGGAUUCUCACCCUAAACUCAUCAUCUUGAAGGCAAGUGCUCAGAUUAUUUCAGUGGGACUUGCUUCUGUGCUAAGGGUGCUGUUUCCAUUUGGGGGGGAAUAGCUUUGGAGCUUAGGAGACAGAGAAACAUGGUCUUGUCCAGUUCUUCAAGCUUGUUUUCUUAUCUCAUCUGGGGUUGCCACGCUUGUCCAGCUUAUUCCCAAAUGGAUCCAUUAAACGGCACGGAACCAAUGGACCAAUACUCCUCUGAGCUGUCCAUUUUAUCCAGGAGUUCCUCUCUCUGAGGGCUGCCACCUCUGCUCACGUUAGGAAGAGCUUAGCCGGUGUGGCCACCCUUAGAAUACUGUGUCCCGUCCUGAUCCCCACACCUCAAGAAGAGUUUUGUAGAGCUGGGAAAGAGUCAGACAUGGGGCAAAGCAAAAUGAUCACAGGGGCUGGAGCAACUCCCUUUAUGACAAAGAGUUGGGGCAUGAUAAAGGUGUGCAAAAUUGUGCAGGUUAUGAAGAAAGUGGACGCAGAGAUGUUUUUCUACUUAGAACUUGGGGACACCCAAUGAAGCUAAAUCUUGGAACAUUAAAAGUUCUUCUUCACUCAGUGCCUAGUUAAGGUUGCACUUCCAAAAGAUGCAGCAAAGUCCACCAACCUGCAUGACUUUAAAGGGGACUGGACAAAUUUAGGGAGGACAAGGCUACUUGCCUUUUCGGCUAUGUUUUUCCUCCACAGUCAGAGAUUACAUGCCUUUGAAUACCAGUUGCCUGGGAAUCACAAGCGGGGAGAGUGCUGUUGCACUCCUGCCUUACUUGCAAGCCUCUCACGGGCAUCUGGUUGGCUGCUGUGAGAACAGGACGCUAGACUGGAUGAAGUGUAGGUCUCAUUGUUUUCUGGUCCCACCAGCACAUCAAAUUCAAAUUGCUUCCCCCAGGCUACAUUGCACUUGUGUCAUGUGAAUCACGCCCCACUUGUGAGCAUCUGGCUCAGCACCAUGGGAAGCGGUGGGAAAGCUGGCUUAGGCAGACUUUGCUCUAAGCCAGCAAGAUGCAAUCUCAGACCUUUCCAAAGCAGAUGAGUGAUGGUCCAAAAACAGCCAUUGGAGAAUGGUUCGGAAUGGCCUCUGUUUUACCAGGGGAAUAGUACAGUGCUGGGACGAAGGGGAAGGGAAGCAUCAAGCUGUGCAGAGCAGUUGAGUGGAUCAGCUUCCAUUCAUUUAGAUUUUGAUAGAAUAUUAUUAACUCAUAAUAAUAUAUAAAUGACCAAGACCAUGUAUCCUUGGCUGGGCACAGAGCUGCUGAGUUCAGCAUAAUUCUGAGCAGCCCUGCACAGGAUUGCUGCAGUCCAGAUCAGAGCUAACGGACUUCAAAGCAACGAAAUCAAUGGCAUUUGCAUAUACGUAAUAGGUUUUAGGAUCCAGGGUAAGGCUGCAAAAGGCAGAAACAGUAGCAAUAUCGAUGUUGCUUUUAACACUGGAUUUUAUUUUGAAAUAAAGUCAAAACUGAAGGCAACAGAAAGGAGGAACACACAGAAGGAUAUAGCAAGAUCACUAAUUAAGUAAUGUGAUUAUAUGGUGCUGAUUAAUAGAAAUACACAUUUUCUUUCUUGUAAAACACUUGAAGUCUUUUAAAAGAUAAAGGAGAUCUAUCUAUCAUCUAUCAUCUAUCUAUCUAUCUAUCAUCUAUCUAUCAUCUAUCUAUCAUCUAUCUAUCUAUCUAUCUAUCUAUCUAUCUAUCAUCUAUCUAUCAUCUAUCUCUAUUAGUUCUCUGUGAAACCAGCUCAAAAUUUUAAAACAAAUCAAGACAAGAAGUCUGGAUUUAUUAAAUUUGGAAGCAAAUGGUGUUGAAAUCAGUGGUAUACUUACGUUCGCUCAAAUGUGCUUAGCAUCAGGUAGACAUGCUGGUGUGAAUCAGCUUGGCUGCCCAAUCCUUUGCAUGCCUACUCAGAAGUAAGUUCUACUGAUUUCAAUGGGACUUACUCCCCGGUAAGUGUGUACAAGGUUACAGCCUUAAAUCCAUGAGCUCUGACUCCAUUUGUUGGUGGGUUGCCUCACCUCUCCUUCUUCUCCCCCCCCCCCAGACCCCUACUGCUCCAAACGCUCAGAGGAGUGCUUGAGUCCAGAGCUGGCCACUUGCAACAACAGCGACGGCAAACUGUCCGAUGAAGACCAGCCCAAGAAGAAACACCGGAGGAACCGGACAACCUUCACCACCUACCAGCUGCACGAACUUGAGCGAGCCUUCGAGAAAUCCCACUAUCCCGAUGUCUAUAGCCGAGAGGAGCUGGCUAUGAAGGUCAACCUACCUGAAGUGAGAGUCCAGGUAAAAUGGCAGGUGGUCUUCUCUUCCUCCUCCUCCUUCUCCAUCUAGCCACAUGGUGAAAUCUUGGACAGUUAAUCCUCAGGUUCUCAUCUUCAUUAGAAGACCUCAGUCAAAAGCAGCCUUUCCCUGCUAAUCCAGUAAAAGUCUCCCCCACCCCGGAUAUAAUUUCAGACUUUGCAUACGUAGUAAAGGAUUUUCCUUAAUCUGCCUUUUUUUAACACUUCAGACCACAAUCUCUCUCUAAUUAUGAGUGUUUAGUUUCAGAUACUCUGGCUAAGAAUUCUCCUAAUCAUGCAAUGUCCAGCACAGGAGAAAGGUGUUGGUUGGUUUGUCGUUGUUUUGGUAGUUCGUGCAAUUUGAAAUAUCAUUUACAUUGAUGUAUGUGUUUUAAAACUUAUUGGAAGUUCCCUAUUUAUUUAUAGGGUACCAUAGAUUUGGGGGUAAGAGAGGGGGAGACAGAAAAGGAAAGGAGAAACUAUAGUAAAAAAAAUAAAUAAAUAAGCACCUUAGGUUAGUUUUAGUUUCCCAAGUAUGUGACAAUUAGGCUUAAUUUUCAAAUUCUUUGAAUGCUCCAGAAAUAGCAUGUGCAAUUGGCACCUCUUUCCAUGUUCUUCCUGCUACAACCUUCUGCAUGAAAGUUAGGGAUUCAUUAAACAAGAACCAGCUUUCCUGCAAUGUUUGAGUGAAUCCCAAAGUCAAUAGUGGUGAUCUGUCAUGGAACAGCCCCACUGAAGAAGAUAACAAUGGUUACCCAGACCUUGUUGCUGGCUGCAAAGGGGUCCCCAUAACAGUUCAAGCUUCAAGACCUCCAAAAAUGUAGGUCCACCACUGGCCAGGGAUAUGGAAUAAUAUUAUGUCAUUUGAAAUACAGCCUAUGUAAUCGGCACCUUAGCAUCUAGCAAUGCCCACAGACAGGCAGGUUUUUCAAGCUCUUUUUGUUCAUUUUCUUGCUUCCGAAUUUGAAUUUAUUGCUCCAUCUAGCCUCUAGCAGCACUGCAAAACUGAGAGCAGGGUUUCUUUUAUUACCUGCUUCCCCUUUUCGGUGAUAAGCUGUGGAUGGGAGUGCAGGAUUGCCUCCCAUUUAAAGUCACACAACCCUUUAAAUUUCCCAAUGCAGCUGUAGAUGUCAGCUCACUUGGUCCCCAGUCCUGGUGUGUGUCUGUGUCUGUUUGUCCCACUACUUCACCUGCUGAACGGCAUACCUGGACAGUGCUGGAUUACCAAAGAGGCAGAGUAGCUACCGGCCCAUCAGCCCCGCAACUUUUAAGGGCCCCGUGACAAACAGAUCAAAACAACAUUGAUUUAAUCUUCAAAGAAAAUUAGAACCAAGCUUUCUUAGUUGAAUGUUAUCCCGCUAGAGCAGGAGACCUCGAGAUUUCGACUGCCUAGGGGCUCUCCUCAGGGUUUAAUCGGGCACUGCACCUGGAGACCUGCUUGCCACAGCAGCUAAGGAAGGGGGAAGGCAACAGAACUGGGAAGCUAGCGGGUGAGAAGGUCUACAGCUGCCUCCUUUCCCGUUUCAUGAUAGACUUAAAGGCAGGUGGCCAGCGUCUGGGGUAAGAGGUGUCAGUGCUUCGUCAGGGCUUUGGUGUAAACUGAAGCCCAUUCGGCCACCCCAUUGGCUGAAGUGGAGGUAGAACUGAUGUGAACCCAUCCUUUUGUGCACAUGGAGCUACUCACUCUGUCCUGGCUCAAACACAAAGGGCAGUACUCCCCUUCCUGACAUGUCUAGAAGCCAACUGGACCAGCGGUUGAAUUUUCCUGCAACACUGUAGACAAGAGAAUGUCCUUCGCAGCACAUUUCUAAGCAGGAGCCCCAUGUCAUGAAUUGCCCUGAGAUCUACAGAUGAGAGGUGGUCUACAAAUAUAAUAAUAAUAAUAAUAAUAAUAAUAAUAAUAAUAAUAAUAAUGGGACACACUUCCAGCAACUCCUGCAGCCAAGCUUGUGCCCAACAUAUUGCUCUGCUUUCAUUUGGACCCCAUCAGUGAGGCUGAGAGGAGAGCUCUGACUUCUGGGCAGCCCAGGACCUCCAUACACACUGCCCAACCUUGAGCCCUGAACAGGCCACUUCAGUGCUGCUAACGCAGCAGUUUGACUUCACCCCUGGAAGCGCACUCCAUUAUCUCCUGAGACAGAUGGAUGUCAACAACACUGCGUCACACACAGCUCUGCCUUUCAACAUCUUGUGGUCCCUCUCCACCUCUUAGCAUUUGUCAUCCAAAAAAGUCGCUUCAGUCUACCUAAUAGUUGGUUCGGCCCCAUCUACAUGCCUUAACACCAUGUAUGCGUUGUGGUGCCUAUAGGACUCUCGUGUAUUCUUCCUUCCUGACCCUUCUUUAUUCAACACAGUGCUAAGCGGGGCAUGUGUGCAUGGAACAAGGUCUGCUUGAGCACUGAGAUUUCUAGCCCCACAUACUGUUCUGGGUUCCCCCCAUCCCAACCCUCUGGAGCAGAUUUAGGGAGCAUGCAAGAGGACAUAUAACAGCAGAAGAGCAGGAUGUCCACUUGUGCAAGCAAGCAGACCUUAUUCCGUGCAUGCAACCAUUGAGUUGAAUCCUGUCCCAUGUGUCCAACUGUGCAGCCUUUUCUCCGAAGUGCUGUUCAGUCCAAGCUCAGUUUGAAAAUCUUUCAGAAGGGAGACCAAGAAAGGCCUUGAAGUUGCCCAUCAAUAGUUAGUCCCCAGACAGCAGAAAUAGCAGGCACAGGUCACUUCCGCACUACGGUGAGAUGCAUUGUAUACUUCUAUUGAAAUUCCAGCAAUUAUUUCUAAAUGCAUCUAGAGCAGCACGUGCACCUUUUAUGCAGAUCUUUUCCCCUCUCUUGUGGUGAUGCAUAAGGAGCUGCUCUGCGGGGCGGGGGGAGAAGGGAGGAGCCCCUUGCCUGCUCCCCCACGUUCUCAUUGGCGCAGCCUCCCACAUGUUGGGGGCUGAAGUUCUGGAGAAGGGGAGUUUGCUGUACUUGAGCAAACUCCCACUUCACAUCCCCCCAGUGAGAUUUAGAACCCUGAUCUCCCAGAGUUCUAAAUCUGGCAGGGUCCUGCACAAGUUAAUGCGGAGCAAAAGCAUAUAUAUUUGCGGUGCAGCAACCAGCUAAACUCUUUACGGUACCCGUGUUUUUCGCUAAAUGAAUUGCAUUGUGAGAGCCUAAUUUGUUUAGAGGAGGUUAUGAAUGAUUGCUGAAGAAGUUUGCGGAAGAAAGCAAGAGCCCCUCGAUACACCCACUUCACAGAAAUUGAGGGGAAGUGUCAAGUAGCAAUAUUUACCUCCUUAUCGCAUCGAGAACCUAUUGUGGGUGGAUACAUAUGGAGAUAUGUUUUUUUCCAUCAAGGACUUAAAAGUACGGCACUUAACCUUAGCUGGAUCCCACCAGUUGUAGAGUUUGUUGCAAAGAGGUGCGUUCUCAUGCAUGUGUGAGUUUCCACCUUCGCGGCUUCUCAGAAACGUCAGUUCCCACCGAAAAGAAGAAAGUUGGAGAUUUCUCCCCCACCCCACCUGCUUAAUUGUAAGUGGGAGGUUUUUCGCAGGCUUAAUGAAAGCUGAAUGAUCUGUAAUCCCUGGAUCACGAAAAUGUUUGAGAAGCCUGAAAUAUUUACUAGUCAUCUGUAAAAAGAAGAAGGAAAAAAUCUGGGAGGGCUUCCAAAAGUGUGUGUGUUUGGAAAAAGCAGCCUCCAAAAACCAGCACUUAAUUUUAUCCCUUCUAGUGGGUAAUGAGAGCAGAUUUGGGUUUAUGGACUAAGGGGAAUUAUUUGAUGGGGAGCAUGAGACAAAAUUGCCUGCAGGGGGUUUCUUUUUUAACCCAUCAAUUUUGAAUUAACUAAGGGAGCUCAGGGCUUGGUAUGGGUUUUAAAGGAUUUUGGCCGGCAUCUAAACUCAGAAAGUAUAUGAGAGAGAAGCUCUUUUUCUUUGGGCAAUCAAAUAGUGCUGGUUGACUUUCAGUGAAAGGCAGUUGGAAGGCAAAAUUCUACUAUUAAAGCACCCUUGGGAUCUCAUUUACUUAAAUGAAAACAGGGUCCUGCAACACCUUGUGAUUAUUUAGGCUUCAAGGCAAAUAACUGUGAUUUGGCUGUUUACUUAUGAGCUAGGCCAGUUUCACAAGUCUCAUUUAAUAUACAGUGGUACCUCUAGUUAAGAACUUAAUUCGUUCCGGAGGUCCAUUCUAACCCUGAAACCGUUCUUAACCUGAAGCACCACUUUAGCUAAUGGGGCCUCCCGCUGCCGCCACACCGCCGGAGCACAAUUUCUGUUCUCAUCCUGAAGCAAAGUUCUUAACCCGAGGUACUAUUUCUGGGUUAGCGGAGUCUGUAACCUGAAGCGUCUGUAACCUGAAGUGUCUGUAAAUUGAGGUACCACUGUACAAGAGAUAUAUUUUCACAUAUCUGAAAACUCAUGAUUGAAAAUUGCAUGGAAUGUGCAUUUUCAUCUACACCCGACUCUGCGGUGGCCAAGUUUAUAUAUACACUUUUCAAAUUUUUAAAAUUAAUUUUCCAGAUUAUUACAAAUCAAACCAAUUUAUAUUAAUUUAAUACAUUUUCUUAAAAUCAAGUUUCCCACUGCUGUUCCAAACAUAUGAUCAUCAUCAUUUCCUCACAUAGCCGCAUCAUUUCUUAUUUAGAGUCCAGUUUACAUCCUUCACUUGCCGUUAAACCAUUCUUCCAGCUGGCCACUUUUUUCACCUUACAAACAGCACCUCGGUUACAUCUUAUAAAUAAACAAUCCAUUUCACAAUAUGCAUUGUUGUUCCGGACCUGGUGUGCUGGGAGAGUUAAUUACUAUCUUCCAUUGUUCCUCUUUCCGAAGUAACAAACAGAAUAACAUGGCAUCAGCUACACCAGGCAUAGGCAAACUCGGCCCUCCAGAUGUUUUGGGUCUACAACUCCCAUCAUCCCUAGCUAACAGGACCAGUGGUCAGGGAUGAUGGGAAUUGUAGCCCCAAAACAUCUGGAGGGCCAAGUUUGCCUGUGCCUGAGCUACACACAUCCUUUUCAUUAUAUAGGGGAGGACAGGAAAAAGGAGGCCAUUUGAAAACCGUAAGAAAGCAUAAGAAAGCAAAAAUCACCUUAUACUCCACCUUCCUUUCCCGGCCGUAAAGGUUCUCAAGCUUCAAAGAAAACAUUCAGAUACCUUCAAUGAGCCAAGCCCUGUCCGUUUGGCAGCUGACUGAUUGCAGCCUAUUAGCAUAUGUCGGUCCAAGAGCACCUCUUGAUUAAUGCCAAGUGUCCGAAUUAUGGAGGAACAAACCACAAAUCAUGCUGGAGACGGAGGAUCAUCCAUGGCAGGGACACACUCCCAGGUCACACACCCCUCUGCCUUUCAAGUUGGCAGACACGGGCUUGAGCGGCACAGCGGGAUGCAGUGAGCUCCCCAGACCCCACUGGGGAACAUAGCCAGGAUUUUUGCCUCAUAAAUUUUGGUUUCCUCUGCCUGAACCUCCUCGCUGCCCACUGAAGGACCCCUCUAUUGCAAGGGCUGCCUGGUCCAAGUCCAGGUUAACGAACCAGCAGGAGGGAGAGCAGAUGGGGCUCAUCAACAGUUUAGCACCUGCAUGGUUGACUGAAUAGGCUCACAGCUCACCACAUCGCAGCCUUUCCUGAGCCGUAUCCCUGAGCUUUACCUUAUAGGUAAAGGGGACCCCUGACCAUUAGGUCCAGUCAUGGCCGACUCUGGGUUGCGGCGCUCAUCUCGCUUUAUUGGCCGAGGGAGCCGGCGUACAGCUUCCAGGUCAUGUGGCCAGCAUGACUAAGCCGCUUCUGGCAAACCAGAGCAGCACACGGAAACGCAGUUUACCUUCCUGCCAGAGCAGUACCUAUUUAUCUACUUGCACUUUGACGUGCUUUCGAACUGCUAGGUUGGGAGGAGCAGGGACCGAGCAACGGGAGCUCACCCCGGCGUGGGGAUUCGAACCGCCGACCUUCUGAUUGGCAAGUCCUAGGCUCUGUGGUUUAACCCACAGCGCCACCCACGUCCCUGAGCUGCAUUGUAUUUCUACUUAAAUUACAGGGGUUGUAAUUUGUUAUGGUGAGCAUCCUAUGAGCAUUGCAGCUUGCCAGAUGAAAUGAUCUCCUCCUGUCCUCACCCCGUGUCCUGUUCUGGGGUUCUCCCCAUUCCCCCCAGAGACAAAUUCAGGGGGUGAGAGGGAGGAGAGAGAGAAAACCCCAUUGCAUAAGCAGAGGUUCUUGAACCAGGUUUGCACUGAUGGGACUCCUUGGGUGAUUCCUUGCUUAUUGUUUCCAAAUCUGCAUCUAUGCCUAUAAAUUAGCACAUGUGGAUUUUACGCAAAACCGUGUUUUCCUUUGCAUUCUCAUUUUUUGAACACAUUGUCACUGGCUCAAGGUGUGUGUAUGAUGUCUUUGUGUGAGGGAGAUCAAAAGCAGGGGCAGCUUCCUUAUGUAGAAUGUUGUUGUUUAGUCGUUUAGUUGUGUCCGACUCUUCGUGACCCCAUGGACCAGAGCACAUCAGGCACUCCUAUCUUCCACUGCCUCCCGCAGUUUGGUCAAACUCAUGCUGGUAGCUUCGAGAACACUGCCCAACCAUCUCGUCCUCUGUCGUCCCCUUCUCCUUGUGCCCUCCAUCUUUCCUAACAUCAGGGUCUUUUCCAGGGAGUCUUCUCUUCUCACGAGGUGGCCAAAGUACUGGAGCCUCAGCUUCAGGAUGUGUCUUUCCAGUCAACACUUAGGGCUGAUUUCCUUAAGAAUGGAGAGGUUUGAUCUUCUUUUAUGUAGAAUAGGAAGUCUCUAUUUUCAUCUGAGAAAUGUUGGAGGGUAUGUACCUGCUUUGUAUUUAUGUGGUUUUUCCUUUUCCCUUUAGGUUUGGUUUCAGAACCGGAGAGCCAAGUGGCGUCGUCAAGAGAAGCUGGAGGUGACAUCCAUGAAGUUGCAGGAUUCGCCCAUCCUCUCCUUCAACCGCUCACCUCAGCCCUCUGCCAUCGGGACCAUCGGCAGCAACUUGCCCCUGGACUCGUGGCUGAACCCACCCAUGCCCAACACCAGCCCCCUGCAGACGUUGCCAGGAUUCGUGGCUUCCCCACAGAGCCUCCCCAGCAGCUACACCCCUCCCCCUUUCCUAAACUCUCCCCCCAUGGGACACACCUUGCAACCCCUAGGAGCCAUGGGGCCUCCACCGCCUUACCAGUGCGGGACAAACUUUGUGGACAAAUUCCCGCUGGAAGAGGUGGACCCCCGCAACACCAGUAUUGCUGCGCUGAGGAUGAAGGCGAAGGAGCACAUCCAGUCCAUUGGGAAACCGUGGCAGACAAUAUGA